AUGUCACUCAGCAACAACGAGACAAGCCCAUCGAGCCCACCUACAGGCCAAGCACGGCGCAGACCGCACCUGAAAUCCCGGAACGGCUGUGCCAUCUGCAAGUCUCGCAGAGUAAAGUGUGACGAACGAAAGCCCCAGUGUUCGAACUGCGUGAGGCGGGAGGUCCGUUGUAGUUUUCUACCGCCAACCUCUCAUGCAGCAUCGCCUGGUGGACACUUCGGCUCGUCGUCUUCGGCGUCAGCUUGCGACGCAACACCUGUCACGCAGGUUCCCACUCCUUCAACUUUAGGCUGUGGACACGACGUGCCAGCAGCACCGCCCGACAUUCCCCGGACGCUUUCCCUAGAGCCGGCCUCGGAAGGACUGGAUAUCGACGAUUUCUCUUUACUCCAUCACUACACCGUCUCCACAUCACAUACUCUGGUCAUGGUCCCGGGCCUCGACACCUUCAUGCGCAUCAACCUUCCGCAAAUCGCCUUCUCUAACAAGUUCCUUCUGCACAGCAUCCUCGCAUUGGCCGCGCUUCACCUAUCGCGCUUCAAAAAGAUACCAACUUCUCUUAUGGCAAGCAUCAAUGCCCAGAAUGGCCCUGCUCUGUACAUGUUUUCGACGCUGUGUUUCUCCUUCACCUUGGCGCUGGGCCCAAAACCCGGCGAUUUCCUCAUCGUCGGACAACAUGGCAUUGCACAAUGGCUUGCACAGCUCCAAGGCAUGAGGUCUCUGCUGGAGACCCAGCCUGAGCUUUUCCACGAUGACACCCUGGCCCCGCUGUUCCAGAUCUCUGUGCGCACCUUGGCCCAGUCGGUUUCUCGCAGCGACCAUUUCCCCGAGCUACGUGAGCAGAUUCAACAGGCCGCAUCAAGAGAUCCGGAACUAGAGCAUUACUCGAAAGCAUUGGAUCAGCUCUCACAAAGAUUUGAUUUCGCAUUCAAUCACACUUCUAGAGUAACGCAACUGUCCCCCCAACAGGUAUUCCUUUGGGUCUAUCAGCUGGAGGAUGACUUCAUCCGUCUAUUGCAGGAAGAAAAGCCAAUUCCCCUCGUCAUUCUUUCGUAUUUCUGCAUUCUUCUCAAUGGUCUUAGUUCAUUCUGGUGGACCCGUGGCUGGGUAGAACAUUUAUUAUCGGAAAUUUACUCUUCACUCGACGAAGAGUAUAGGAUUUGGAUGCGGCGGCCAAUGGAGGAAACUGGUUGGAUCCCAGGCUGA